UUUAGAGUAUGUUUUAUCUAUGGCCUUCAGUCGCAAAGAUAAUUUGGUUCAUCUCUUAGAAAUGAGAUGAAAACCUUGGCAUUAGCUAUGGUGGGAACAAUCUAUAGGAGUCUACAUUGUUAUAGGAUUAUAUUUUAUCACUGAAGAAUAAGUUCUACUAGUCAUUUAGUUUAAUUUGUUUUAAAUCUCAACUCACGGUUUGAUAUCCACCGUAUUUUAAACUAUCUGUAUCAAACCAAUCCUCACAAUUCAUCUAUAAAAUUGUUCAGUACAGAAAAUAUAAGAGAACAUUUAAUAAUGUCCCCUUAUAGAUGGUAUCACUUAAGACUGCUUUAUUGAUCCUUAUGGAAAUUUGUUGUGAUUACAAGGACUCUUUUCUCACAUAAAAACAACACAACAGAAAUAUUCACAUAAAUAAAACAGACACAGCAUAAAGAGUUCAUUCAGCGACAACACACAACCAUCUUGGUCCUUUUGAUAUUUCUUGAUCAAGAGAGAUAGAAGACGUUUUAUUGAAUGUUAUGUUUAAGAACUUAAGCUAAUAAUUUGUUUAGUAACAUUUUUCUCUUAUUGAUUCUUCACAUAUCCUGUAGUCGAGAAAUAUUAUUCACUGUUCUGUAUGGUUUGUUGGUGGCUACAAAAUGACCAGGCCUAUUAAUUCGUUAUACUGUAAAUGUAAGGAUCACUCAGUGGUUCUCAGCCUGAAGUUUUACUUACACAUCUUUUUUAUAUUAUUAGUUAUUUUCUGUCUUGUAUUUGAUUGAAGGCUAAGACGGGACACUUUUAUUAAUGUAUGAAACUUAAAAGUCUGAUGCUUGCUUUCUCGCACGUGAUUAAAUGCCAACUCCUGUAAAUAUUUGAUCAUUUCUGUUAUCUUGGCUCUAUAAUCUCAACGAUGUGCUCAUACAAAAGUAGCCUACACCGAUAACAAGAUCACUAAUUUAAUGGUCACCACGUCAGUGCUGCAGAAAAGAGUCUAUCAGACCUACGUGCUGAGCACUCUGCUACAUGGCAGUGAAAAGAAUCUCAAUAUCAUCCAUCUCAUAUGCUUAAGAUUCUUGAAAUAAAGGGACAAGGUAAAAUCCCCAACGAGAAAGUCCGCAAUAUACGACUCGACUGGCUUGCAGAUGUACACUGAAAGACACAAGGUGGACUGCUACAAGAUGGACUUCCACAAGAUCUAUUUAUGGUGAUCUAAUGUAGGGCAGAAGAGCUCCAGGUCAUCCACUUCGAAGAUAAAAUGACGUGUUUGUAAGCGCGGCAUGAAGCUCUUAAAGAUCGUCACCAACUUUUGGAGUAGGGAAGCACAAGGAAAGUCCACAUGGAGAGUAAGCAUAAAGUAGAGUAGUAGUAUAAAAGUAAAGUGCCCCUUUCAGACCUUGCGAUUUAUAGGGCAGAGGAUGAAAAGGCCAUCUGUUUCUAUGGCCGACGGUUUAAAGGAGGAGUAGAGGAUUAUUACCUAACUUCUGACCUUGGAUGUGUAUCUUUUGUCACAAAAGAAGCCGCUAAGGGAAACAAUCGUCUAUCGAGAGGUAAAACGUCACAGUAAAUUUUUGUGGCAUCUGUAGUUCCAUCAUUUCACCUGUUGACAAUUAAUUUUUAUUUUUAUUCGUCCGUUUAAAUGUGAUUGUAUGAUGCAUGAAUAUAGUAUGAAUAUACUUCUACAUUUUUUAGUUUUUAAUUUGAAUAUAUUUUGUUUUGUUUAUGACUUUGGGCAUAUCUAUAAAAAUGAAGGCCAUUACUUCCUAGCCCAAACUUCCCGCAGGACGGCAGAGGAUAGCCUGAACACGGAACCAUCGAGACAACUAGUACGCAUCACAUGCGACACGACCAGUCCAGCUGUCACCAUGGGCUUAAUAAUUUCAAUGCCAGAUAGACCAAAGAUAGAUCAUACAGAGACAGAUGGUUGUGAGCAAAAACUCAUGAAUGAAGAUCCGAUGAUUGUUGAUCAUGAAACAGAGGUGUCAGAAUGUGGAGAAGCUGGCCUACAUUCAAAAUAUACUGACUGUACGAAGAAUCCAGGGCAUGCAAAAUUUAUAACUCUCGAUACAUUCACGGUUAAUCAUUUACCUGCAGGAUAUCAUGACAAUAUUUUAUACGAUUACAUCAACUGUAUCGCCGACCUGACUGUUAGAGUGACCACCAAAAUGACCAGUUCAUCCAGACCAAAAUUUUGGCCAGAAACCACUCAGCCAUAUCCAUUUAACAAUAGCAGCACCACAAACUUUAGAACAGGAAGUGGAAUAGUGAGAUCUGUAAACAAGUAUAAAGAUGGACUUAUACAAGGUGGAUAUCUAGGAGCUAGCCACUCCACCAAGUGCUGGUGCAUAAAAUGUCAACGUUCAGACUCACCUAGCAAUGUGUGGUGGGAGUUUAAUGUGUACACGGCCACACAUGUGGUUUUUGAUGAAUAUGAGGCAAGCCACACGUCUUUAAGAUUGUUUUAUGACAGAGAUGAUAGUCCUGUGGUCAUUGUUGAUAAGAUCAGUGUUGUUUAUGUCAAUAUUAAGCAUGACAAGUGUAUGUUGAAGUGUGUGACAUGUGAUAUCAAUGUGGGAGAUAAACUAAUAGGAAUGAGGGAAACUUAUUUAGAUGCGUGGAAGCAAGUCUUGGGCAAAUACAGUGUACUUAGAGAUACGCAUAAGUUAACCAUUAUAGUAUCACAUCCUCAUGGGCGUUCCAAAAAAGUCAGUGUUGGUCAUUGGAAAGACAAAAUAGUCUUGGAAGAAGAUGGCGACAUCAAGUUUAGCUACACAACCUCUACGUGCCCAGGAAGCAGUGGAGCCAGUGUCCACUGUGUUGGGUACAGUAGGUGGAUGUGGUUUGAACUUGUCCACCGUGGAAGUUUAAGCUCUGGGUUAAAUUGCAGUGGGACCGGCGGUGUCUUGUGAUUUAUCUCCUGAUACAAACAUAUCGACAAAAUGGAGAUAUUUGAUAUAUUGAUACGAAUUAUUACACUCUUUCAACACCGUAUAUAUCCUUUUUUUUAAUUAACAUAACAAGUAACAUACAAAACGUUAUUUUUUAAAAGCAAUUCUCCUUUAUGAAGCUGAUGGACUCUGUUAAAUUUACUUCAUGCGAUGUUUCAUUAUUACUAGAAGC